AUGGCUGCAGUUGAAGAUUUUUUAGUACAUAUUCCGACUGUAACAUCUCUGCUCAUCACAGUUGUGAUCCUACUUGCUUUCUAUCUAAUCUGCACCAAACUUGCUUCUGGGAGAAACUACCCUCCAGGUCCCACGCCACUGCCGCUGUUUGGCAAUUUGCUACAGUUGAAUCGUCAGCCGCUUCACAUUGCGCUCUAUGAGCUGUCCAAGAAGUAUGGCCCAGUAUUCACUGUCCAUUUGGGGCCCAAAAAGACAGUGGUGCUGGCAGGUUACAAGACGAUCAAGCAAGCUCUGCUGAAUGUUGAUGCCUUUUCAGACAAAGAAAUACUUCCAAUUAUUAGUGACUUAAAAUUAACUCAUGGAAUUGUUUUUGCCAGUGGAGAUUCAUGGAGAGAGAUGAGGCAUUUUGCAUUAACAAACUUAAAAGAGUUUGGAAUGGGAAAGACGGCAAUCGAAGAAAAAAUCAUAGAGGAAUCUGAGUGCCUGAUUGAAGUAUUUGAAGAAAAAAAAGGUAAAGCCUUUGACACUGCUGAGGCUGUGAAUGCUGCUGUUUCCAAUAUCAUCUGUUCGAUUGUUUAUGGUAAAAGAUUUGAAUAUGAUGACCCAGAGUUCAGAGUGAUGCUGAGUCGAGCUAAUAGGAAUACUCAACUCCUGGGCUCUGCUUCAGUGCAGUUGUAUAACUACUUUCCAAUGCUGUUCAGUUGGGUUAAAGCCCACAAAGAGCUGAGAGAGAAUGCCUUUGCUAAUAGAAAACAGAUUGCAGCAUUGAUCAAAGGUUUAGAGGACACUCUUGAUCCACAGAUGUGCAGAGGUUUGGUGGAUUCAUUUCUCGCUCGGAAGAUUCAGCUUGAGGCAUCUGGAAAUAUAGAUAAAAAUAUAAGUUCUCACUAUCACGAAGACAACCUACUGAUUACUGUUGUCAACCUAUUUACUGCUGGCUCAGAAUCUACAUCUACUGCUAUAAGAUAUGGCUUAAUGCUCAUGGCCAAGUACCCUGAAAUACAAGACAAAGUCCAGGAGGAACUGGAUCAGGUAGUAGAAAAUCGCCAGGUCCGAGUGGGAGACAGAAAGAGCCUGCCGUUCACUGACGCUGUCAUCCAUGAAAUACAAAGAGUGAUUAAUACUACGCCUUUUAUUGUACGUUGCGUUUCACAAGAUGUCACCUUUCAGUCCUACUUCAUCAAGAAGGGAACCCCAGUGAUUGGUCUGCUUUCAUCAGCUCACCAGGAUGAGAAUAACUGGGAAAAGAGUUCUGCUUUUAAUCCAGCCCAUUUCCUGGAUGAGAAAGGCAAUUUUAGAAGGAGAGAGGCCUUUAUCCCAUUCUCUGUAGGGUCGAGGGUUUGUGUUGGAGAGAGUCUGGCCAAGAUGGAGGUUUUCCUUUUCUUCGCCUCCCUCCUCCAGCGCUUUCGAUUCACUCCUCCACCUGGAAUGACUGGAGAUGACCUGGAUCUGACACCAGUUGUAGGGUUCACCCUCACCCCUUUACCUCAUAAGCUCUGUGCCAUCAGCAGAUUUUAAAGAUUCAAAGUGUAGAACACACAAGUGGUAUUUGUCUUUAACCAUUUUGGUUACACAAAAACACAAACAACAAGCUGUAGGAGUUUGAUCUGCUUGUUCUUAUUAAAGGUAUUGUUGUCAUUGUUAAA